AGCGCGCCUGGGAAGCGGUUGCGCGCGACAGCUGACAGAUUUGGCCCAGUUUCAGAACAUCACACCGGUUGAAAGGAAGUAUCUGGAUCUAAGCGGAAAAUCCCGGAUUUUGUUGUUUUAAGAUCUAAAUUCUGUGUAUAGUAGAGAUCAGAGCAGACAGGAAAGGACCGGAUGAGACCUGUGUGAGCAGAAACUCUUUAGGAAGCUCAAGGUUUUUAGGUUCCACUUCCAAUCCGCUCGAACAUCGUUGUUAGUUCGGACCUAAAAUGUGCUCUGUAUUAACAAGGGUAAGGCCCAUUCACCGGGCUGUAGCCUUGACUCUUCGACUCGGAGCCAACACCGAGGGCUCGAGUUAUGUGGCGACCCAGAGGAAGCGUUUCUCCCCCGGCGUGAGCUCUGCCGCGGCUAACGGCAGGUUUUACUGCUCCAGGGCGGCGAAGACCGAAGGACUGCUGUUCAGACAACUAUUUGAGGUGGAGAGCUGCACCUACACCUACCUGCUGGCAGACACCAACACCAAAGAGGCCAUUAUUAUUGAUCCUGUGCUGGAGACAAUGGACAGGGAUCUAACCCUGGUGAAGGAGCUGGGGCUCAAUCUGAUUUUUGCAGUAAACACCCACUGCCAUGCAGACCACAUAACGAGCUCUGGGUUGAUGAAGAAAAGAAUUGCAGGAUUGAAGAGUGCCAUCUCUAAACACAGCGGCGCCUCUGCAGAUAUCCUGCUGUCGGAAGGCGACCGGAUCCCCUUUGGAAAACAUUACCUUAUUGUGAAAGAAACACCAGGACACACAGAUGGGUGCACAACUCUUGUAUCAGGAGAUGAAAGCAUGGCUUUUACUGGAGACGCUCUGCUUAUCCGAGGCUGCGGCAGAACAGACUUCCAGCAGGGUUGUGCAAAAUGCCUUUAUGAUUCAGUCCACGACAAGAUCUUCACACUGCCUGAUGACUGCCUCGUAUAUCCAGCACACGACUAUAUAGGUCAGACCGUUUCCACAGUUGGUGAAGAACGCAAGUUUAACCCUCGCCUGACAAAGUCCAAGGAUGAAUUUGUGGAUAUUAUGAACAGCUUGAAUCUCCCAAAACCAGACAAAAUAGAUAUUUCGGUGCCUGCCAAUCUAGUAUGUGGACUACAUGGACUCUGAAUGCCUUAUAGGAGAAGAACGUGUUUAUAAAAUCAGCAACUUAACCACAGAAUGGUUCAGAUUUAAAUGUUUGUUUUAGCAAACUUGGCUGCAACAGCUUACCAUAAGGUGCGUGUUAUGUUUUGUGCAGCCACUUAUGUAACUCUAAGUGUGCUUAAAAUGCUUAAAAAUGUGGUUAGAUUUAAUUAUUGAUUUGGUCUAUACAGACAUAACAGUUUUUGUGUGUGUCUUGAGUUAAAAGUGUGUUUUAUUUACUCUGUGCAGCUGUAAGGUAAUAAAAGUUUAAACUAAGGGUAAUAAACACUUUACAUUUUCAGUUAAGUGUUCUUAUCGCCUUCCUGCAUCUGGAACUUCUGUUUUGCCUAUUAAAUGAUGCUUGACUCUUUCUUUAAUAAUAUGUGUUAUAAGAUCAGCCAAACUGCUACCCGUCCCAUCCAAAACUUUUAAGGAUUGUGUUUAUUACAAACGGAUGUACGAAACCCUCUAAUGGCCUUGGCUUUUCUAUAGAAAUUUCUCUAGUUACAUUUCUGUCAUAUAGCUGGAUUUAGAAAAGAAGGCCAAUGACAUUUACGGUAACUGUGGGGAUGCUGGAUUCUUUUUCACAUUUUAACUGUUCUGCUUUCAUUUCCUUUAAUUGUAAACUGUUUGAUAGUUUCAGAGGCCAGUAUCAAAAUAAAACAUGUUCAAAUGAAACCAAAAU